GCUGGGAUCAUUACAAUGUCAUCGUUAAUGGCCUGAAGGGAACUCCAUUGUCUUUCGGCAAAGCUGCCGGAUUAAUUUUAUUCAAUUGGAUCUGGUCUUUUGUCUGGGCCCUUUCACCCCUCGUCGGAUGGGGCCUUUAUGCCCUGGAUGGAAUGUUGGGAACGUGUUCCUUCGACUCUUACACCCUAACUAUGAACCACAAGAGCUACAUCCUUGCGUCCUGUUUCUUCCAGUUUGGCGGUCCCAUUAUUGUCAUUGUCGGCUGUUAUUUCUUCAUCGUCAAGGCCGUGUUCCAUCACGAAGAAGAAUUGCGUCAACAAGCCAAAAAGAUGAACGUGACAUCGCUGAGGAACAACUCGGAGCAAGACGCCGUUACGGCCGAAAUGCGCAUCGCCAAGAUCCCCGUCAUCAACAUCACGCGGAUAAUAGUGUAUUUAUUAUAA